GGUCACCUCUGUAGCCACUCUAGCCAGUCAUUAGCCACUACAGUCAGUCAUUAGCCACUCUAGCCAGUCAUUAGCAACUCUAGUCAGUCAUUAGUCACUCUAGCCAGUCAUUAGCCACUCUAGCCAGUCAUUAGCCACUCUAGUCAGUCAUUAGCCACUAGCCAGUCAUUAGCCACUCUAGUCAGCCAUUAGCCACUCUAGCCAGUCAUUAGCAACUCUAGUCAGUCAUUAGCCACUAUAGUCAGUCAUUAGCCACUCUAGUUAGUCAUUAGCCACUCUAGACAGUCAUUAGUCAUUCUAGCCAGUUAUUAGCCACUCUAGCCAGUCAUUAGUAAUUCUAGCCAGUUAUUAGCCACUCUAGCCAGUCAUUAGCCACUCUAGUCAGUCAUUAGCCACUAGCCAGUCAUUAGUCACUCUAGCCAGUCAUUAGCCGCUCUAGCCAGUCAUUAGCCACUCUAGUCAGUCAUUAGCCACUAGCCAGUCAUUAGCCACUCUAGUCAGUCAUUAGACACUCUAGUCAGUCAACCACUAGCCAGUCAUUAGCCACUCUAGCCAGUCAUUAGCCACUCUAGCCAGUCAUUAGCCACUCUAGUCAGUCAUUAGCCACUCUAGCCAGUCGUGGUUGUAGCAGUGGGCAAGGGUUGGUCUCGCCAUGUCACCUCCGUAGUCACUAAGUCAGUCACAAUCAACUAUUGUCAGUCACUAUCCACUAGCCAGUCGUGGUUAUGGCAGUGAGGCUCGCCACGUCACCUCCGUAGACACACUAGUCAGUCACUAUCCACACAGUAGUGGCUGUAGUAGUGAGGAGGCAGGAGCAGGAGGGCUAGUCUCGCCAUGCCACCUUUAAAUCACUCAAGUCUAGUCAGUCACUAUCCACUUCCAGCCAGCAGUAGCGACUGUAGCAGCGACGAGGAGUAGGAGGAGUAGGAGGGUUGGUUAGUGAUUGACGCACCAGUCAAUCACUAACCACUUCUACAGCCAGUGGUGGCUGUAACAGAGGCGGGGCGCUGGUCUCGCCAAGUCACUUCUGUGUAGUCACUUCAGUCAGUCACUUUCCAACUCAAACCAGGAGUUGGUGGUGGCUGUAGCAGCGAGGAGGAGGCAGAGGAGGAGGAGGAGGCAGAGGAGGAGGGCGGGGCGCUGGCCUCGCAGUUGUCACCUCUGCAGUCACUUCAGUCAGUCACUAUCCACUCCAUCCAGUCCGUGGCUGGAGCAGCGAGGAGGAGGGAGGAGGAGGAGGGCGGGUCUCGUCAAUGUCCCUGUGGCCGCCGAGCUGCUGCUGCGCUCGCUGCUCGCUCCUCUCUUUGCACUUUAACGCCCCAUGAGGGACAGGGAGGAGGCGGACUGGAGAGGUGAGGAGCAGCAGUUGAUGGAUGAUAAGAAAAAGAAGAAAGAUGACAAGAAGAAGAAAGAAGCCCCCAUGAAAAAGGCAACGGAACAAAAACCAAAAGUGCCAGAACCGACCAAAUCCGGUGCACAGCAGCCUGCUGGCAAUCACGCCAGCCACAGCACUUCCUGCACUAGCAACAACAGCACUAGAGGCAGCACUAGCGGAGCCAGCAACAGCAGCAGCAGCAACAACAACAAUUCCACCAGCAACACGGGCAAACGCUCGGCGCUCGCCGGCAACGGAGCUCAGCAGCAGCGGCAGCAGCAGUCGCAGCAGCAGCAGUCGGUGCAGCAGCAGCUGCAGGCAUUGGCAGGGCAGCCACAGCAGCAACAGGGGCAGCAGCAACAGGGGCAGCAGCAACAGCGUGGGUUUCCUACGCGAGAAGUGCCGCCAAGAUUCCGCAUGCAGGAGCAAAAGCAGCUUCUGAAGCGUGGACAGAUUCUGCCUGGCGCUGGCACUGCGGCGCAAGCCGUCAUUUCUACAGGCGGUGUCAUGGCGGUGCAGGGAGCUGCUGCGGGCAAUGCCGGCGUCUGUGGCAAUUCACCCUCUUCCUCUUCUGGUGUCAACAGUCAGCAUUCUUCAGCACAUCCCCUCCCCCAAGGUGGUGGCAGAGGCACCAGCGGCUUAGACGUGAGCCAGCAGAGCAUGGCGAGCGCCAGGAGCGGUGAAGCAUGGCCUGGCGGAGACGGGGACGCCACCGGGAGGCCCCAGGGGGCAGACGCCACGAGCGCCGGGACCGCCGGCAGUGCAAACGAGGGUGGCACCGGUGACGAUGGAAGCCGUAAAAAUGGUGCUAUGAACGCAGGAGCGUUGGUCCAAGGCGUUUCAUCCAGGCACAGCGACUCAUCCAGUGGCGACGCCUGGACGUUACCAAACCCAGAAUCCGGAAACGGCAAUUGCACCGUAUCCGGCAAAGAGGGGGCCAAAGAGGGCACGGCGUGGCAAGGCGGUGGCAGCGGCGGCGGCUGGGGCUCCAAGCACGUGCAGUGGAAGGACUGCCCUGUCACACCAGGCCAGCAUUCGAGCAGCGGGGCCUCUGCGGCCGCGGUCGGCAGCGCUCAGCAAGGACCCUCCAUGGGGGACGCCCAGAAGCCUGGCAACGGCGGUGGCGGCGGCCUUUGGUGCAACGGCGCACCGCACGGCGACAAAGAAAGCUCUUCCAAGCCAACGGCACAAAACGGACCUCUCAACGGCCUUCACAAGGCUGGGGCCAUCGGGCAGCAUGGGCCCAAUGGCCACGGCGGUGGCAGCUACGACGCGGACACUGUUUCUGUGAAUUCUUCUGCACCUUCGAUGAACAGACUUCCAGCAGGCUGGGGUGGUGACAAAAAGCAGGGUGUUUUGAACUCCCCGACCCAGCCUCAUCAGGGAGCUGCCAACUCCUCUGGGCCAGUGGGGGGUGGCGGCAACUUGGGUUGUGCCAUUUCAGGGAGGGGUGGGGCGGGCGUGCCCGACGGGAACAAUGCGGUCGGCGCCGCGGCUUCCGACAAAGGUUGGGACAACGGCAAUGACGGCGCGACGAGCUUCGGCUCAAAGGCGGCGAACGGUACUGUGAACGGUGGCAGUGUCAGCGGUUCAAAGCCUUCCGACGGCAAUGAUGCGGUUGGAAGCAAAAAAGAGACUCAGGGCCAGGUGAAAAGCCGCAAUGGCUUUUGGGGUAGCGGCGACACAGAGCGGAACUCGACUUGGGAAAGCAGCCAUAGUUUUCACAACAGCAGUGAGAACGGCAAAGACGAUGGCAUGAACGGGGAUGGCUGGGGCUCCAAACCCACGGGACAGCAUCAGCAGGGCGGCAAUGGUAAGGGGUCGAUGAGCACUUGGGAAGCACUUGGCGGGUCGGCCAGUGGCGGCGAGACGAACGGAGCGGGAUGGGGGAAAAUCUCGGGUGGCGGCGGCGGUGGUGGCGGCAGCGGUGGCAGCAGCACCAGCGUCAUUGUUGGCGGCGGUGCCGCCACCACCACCACCACGAGCGGCAGUGUCGGGAGCAACGAGGGCAGCAGCGGCGGCCACAGCGGCGGCCACAGCGGCGGCCGCGGUCGGAACGGCGGCAGCGGCUACGGAGGAGGGCGGGAGCACCGACGCGUCGCCAAGUUGGACUCGCAGACGGUCAUCCAGAGCGUGAUGAGCCGUAAGGACCUGGACCCCCGUGUGCUCUCCAACACGGGCUGGGGACAGACGCCCGUGCAACAGCACACGUCGUGGGACGUAGAGUCGGCGGCCGCGGCGGCGGUGGCGCCGGUGCCGCCGCCGCCGAACCGCACCGCGCUGCAUCCUCGACAGCAGUCCAACGGGAGCUCUGGCGACAGCUCCUGGAAUUCCGGAGCGGGUUCUGCAGGCGCACCGGUCUCUGGGUGGGGAGACGGUGGCAGGCCGCCUCCACCUUCUGGCGCAGGUCUGUCAGUGGGGAGAUGGGCAGAUCCCGGGUCUGGCCGCGGAGAUGGCCGGCCGGGUGGACCACCGCCCUCCUCCGAACGGGGGUUCGGGGAACCUUCGGCAAACUCCUGGGCCGUUAACAAAGAGCAGCAUCAGCAAGGCAAGUCGCCCGGCGCGACGUCCUCUUGGGGCGAGCACGCCGCGUCGAAGCAGGCGCCGUCGGGUUGGGGCGGGCACGGUUGGGAGGGCAACGGCGGGCAGAAGCCGUCGUCGGGCUGGGAGGACGAUCGGAGCGAAAGCUCCCCGGGCUGGGGCGACGCUCCCCGAGGGAGGAGCGGCAGCGUCAAGUCGAGCGGCGAGUGGGGCGGACCCGAGCCCAAAGCGGCGCCCGACGAAUCGGCUCAGCCAAAGUCGGCGCGAGGGUGCCGGGAGCCCCCCGUGCCAAUGAACGACUCGUGGGGCGCUCAACCAAAUAAGCCGAACUAUAACCAAAGCGGGGGCGAUCACGCCAAACGCGCCGCAGCCUCGGCAGGCUGGGGCGAUUCUGACUACAACCGCGGCGCUCUGCCACAAAAGUCCGCGAGGGCCGGCGGUGGUAGCGGCGGUCCCCAGGGGUGGAGUGACGAGCCGGGCGGCGGCUGCAAAGAGAUGCCGCAAGGCUGGGGAGACGCCUCCAAGCAGAGCGACGGUUUAGGAAAUUGGGGCGGCACCCCGGUCGGAGGUGGGAGGGAUAGCUCAUGGGUCGCCGGUAACACGGGGGGAGGAGGAGGAGGGCAGACUGCGGGCAAAAUAUUGCAGGAUGGCUCGGGUUCGGGCUCAGGCUGGGGAGAUUCCUCAAAGACGCCCACGUCGAGAGACUGGGACGAUGGCAAAGAUGGGCCCAGAGCCUGUGCGGAUGGCUGGGACGGCAGAAACGGUGCCACCAAAGUCGGAGAAAAAGCAGGGGGUUGGGGCGAGGAGCAUCCGGCGGGCGAGACUGGCGAGCGCUGGCGCAACCAGCACGGUGAUGGCAAUCCCGCGAAUUCCUGGGGCCAGAAUGGCAACGCGGGGCCCAAUCCUAACAAGCAGGUAGGAGGAGGUAUAGGUGGUGGUGGAGGCGGCAGUGGUGGCAGUGGUGGAGGUGGUGGUGGUGGUGGUGGAGGAGGAGGUUGGGUUGGGGGUCCUAUCCCAGCGAUCCCCAAAGACGUGGAGCCCACGGGCUGGGAGGAGCCGGCGGCGCAGGCGGGCCGGCGUAAGGGGGACGUUGACGACGGCACGGCGGCCUGGGGCGACCCCAGCGCCUACAACACGCGCGGCGUCAACAUGUGGGAGGGCAAGCAAGGCGGCGGGGGUGACGGCUUCUCGCGGGACGGCAAGCAGCAAGGCCGUAACGACGGCCGCGUCCAAGGCUCCCCGAGCGUCGCUCCAGGACCUGGCAUGCCAGUGGAUAACGGCACGUCCAUGUGGGGCAAGGGGGUGAGCGGUGGGCCCUCGUGGGGCGAGGGGCGUGACGGCGGGAUGGGCCACGCGGGGCCUUCUCGCUGGGCCAACACCCCAGCAGCCGCAUCGAUUCCGAACCGCUCCGGUAAAGGCAUGUCGGACAGGUGGGCCGCUGGCGCAGGAGGAGGAGGGCACCUCGAGAAUGGCGGCACAGGCGGCGGUGGCGGCGGGGCACGCCCUGGCUGGCGUCAGCUGUGUGGCGGCGACGACGACGCGAUGGCUGACGACGGAGGUGAUGACGAGGACGAGGAGGAGGCGGGAGAGCCCGGCGGCUGGAGCGCCUGUGCCACGGCGUCGCAGGACAGCGCCUCUCCCCACGGCUCGGCCGGAGGGUGGGGGCGUGGUGGCCGACGGGGCCCAGCGGGCCCACCGGGCCCACAUAAGGGAAUGGGAAAAGUGCCAAACAGGCAGGAGGAGCUGAUAUGCAGACUUCUCAAGCAGCUCACAGACAUGGGCUUUGCACGCGAGGUGGCGGAGGAAGCGCUAAGAGGCAGCAACCUCAACGUGGAUCUUGCUCUUGGAAUACUGCAAAAGGCGGAACUGGACAGACGUUCUCUGGACUACAGCAGCCUGCUGUGCCGGAAUCCAGUGCAGCGAGACUCCUCCACAGACCGCGCCCCAUAUUUCGACAAGCUCACACUGUCGCUGGGUAGCCAGGACUCAGGGCUCGCAGACGAGCCUCCGGGUUCUCCGUGCCCGUCCUCCCCGCCCACAAAGCUUUGCUUUGCUGCUGCGGGCGCCGCUCAAGGUCCCCGGCCCACCCCUCCCCAUAACCCCAGCCCAGCCUCCCAGCAGAAUGGUAACCCCAGCCUGUUGGGCAGGAACCUGCACCACCAGCCCUCGGGCCACCAGCAGCUGCCCUCGCCUGGCCAGCCCUUCCCACUGUCGCCCUCGGGCCUUCGCUCACAAGUGCCUCCUCACUUCCUCACCCCUCAGGUGGCGCCUGCACAGCUGCUACAGUACGCAGCAAAGGCUGGCGCCCUCAACCCCGCGUUGCUGCUGCAGCAUCCCCUGGCUAACCCGCAGAUGGCUGUGUUCAGCCAGCUGGCCCAAGCACAGCUACAGCUGGCCCAACAGAGGCUGCUUCUGCAGCAGCAGCUGUCCCAGCAGACCCAGAGAAACUCAUUCAAACAACAGCGGGAGCAGCAGAUGGCUCGGACAAUCGGAAGCUUGCAGCAUCAGCAGUCGCACAAUCAACAACAACAGCAGCAGCAGCAACAGCAGCAGCAGCAGCGCAUGCCGCCUUUUGCGCCUGGCAAACCUCAGCAUGGCUUGGGACCCAACCCCGGCCCAAUCAUCGCUUCCGGUCGCCCGGACCUGCACGCCAAAGACAUGAACCCACUGCACUCCUAUUCCAGCUUCCUGGCGCCAGCCUUGGGAGACAGCGUGGCAGACUUCGGCAGCCUCGGACUAAAGGAGCCCACUCAGUCGCGGCUCAGUCAGUGGACCGUAAGCUCCGGGAUGGACUCUCUGCCCGGCGGAAUGCACUCCUUGGACCAGGGGCACGGCAAGUCAGUGAGCGGGUUGGCCAAGCUCUCGCUGGACGACCAGGCCUUCGGCCCUUACUCGAUGCUGCAGGGCGUCAGCGACGACCCGGCUAGCCCGCUAGCGCCGCUCGCCAACGGCUGGGGCAACACCAAGCCCGGGCAUCCUCCUCCGUCUUCGUCAUCCUCGUCUUCAUCCUCCUCCGCCUCCUCUUCGUCCUCCGUGUCCGACAAGCACCCACACAGCCCCACCCCGGCACCCGUGGGCUGGCCUCCAGAGUUCCGCCCUGGUGAGCCGUGGAAAGGACUGCAGCACGGGCAAAGCGACGUGGAGUCCAACCUGACCCCUGGAGGAGGAGCCGCAUUACUCAGGGACAGGGGCGCAGGGUCCAUGUCGUCGUCAUCUCUCAACGCCACAACGCUGCCUUCCUCCAGUGCCUGGUCCCUCGGUGCCUCUGGCCACAGCCACCGCAAUGGCUUCACCCCCUCAUUCUCUGCUGCAGCCAAAAUCUCAGAGGCUAAGUCGGCGUGGACUCCCGGUGCGUCCCUGAGCCACGAGCUGUGGAAGGUGCCGCUGAACGGGGGGGGCCGCGGGCUGUCCGGUGGGCCUCGGCCACCGCCGGGCCUUCCCGGGCUCAGGCAGCCGUCGCUGUGGCCCUCGGGACGCUGGGAAGGCACUGAGGCAGGCCGUCUCCCCCCGCCAGCGUCGAGUUGGAGCGGCGAUUCCUGCGGCGGUGGCGGCGGCGGCGGCGGCGGCGGCCUGGGUCGUUCCAGCACCUGGCUGGUGCUGCGCAACCUCACCCCGCAGAUCGACGGCUCGACGCUGCGCACGCUCUGCAUGCAGCACGGCCCUCUCAUCACCUUCCACCUGAGCCUGGCGCACGGCAACGCCCUCGUGUGCUACAGCUCCAUCGCCGAGGCGGCAAAGGCCCAGAAGUCCUUGCACAUGUGCGUGCUGGGAAACACCACCAUCGUGGCGGAGUUCGCCACUGACGAGGAGAUCAGCCGUUUCUUCUCUCAGCCGGGACAUUCGGCCGCUCCGGGCUGGCCGCCGGCGCCCGGCCCAGCGCCGUCCUCCAACCUCGACUCGGUCAACGGCGGCCAAGGUCAAGGCCGGGGGCCGGUGUCGGCCGACAACUGGAGCGUGGGCGACGAGGGGGGCGGCACCGGCUCCCUGUGGAGCGUGCCGUCCCCGUACAAUUCGGCGGCGCCGUCCGCCAGCGCUGGCAUGUGGGGCGGCGGCGGCGGCGGCGGCGGCGGCAACGGCGGCGGAGACGGGACGCGUGGCAGGCUCGGCAGCCCGCCACCACCUCCCCUAAAUUCCUUCUUGCCCGGGGACCUGCUCGGAGGGGAGGCCAUGUGAAACGUGCCGUGUGCUUUCUGGUCGGCGGCGGGGGGGAAGGCUUGGAAAGUUCCGCGAGGGGGGGGUGCCCCGACGGGUUUUGCUGGCGCGUUGGUGUUGGUGGGAGGACGUGGUGGCGAGGACUCUCGGCGCCAGCUUCUUCGCGCCUCCUUCAGCCGACGCCUUCCGAGACGGCGUUGGCGCCCGAGGGGGGAGGUUCUCGCCGGCGGCGACCGCCACGCCGCCGCCGCCGCCGCCAUGGUUUGGUGGGGGGGGGGGGCGACAUGGAACGCGCAAAGGAGGGACGUUUGUCCAUUUCUCACGCAAAUGACAAAACAACAAAAGAAAAAAAGAAUUGACCUGAAUCAUUCUCAUCACUUAUAGCACUUUCUGUGGGGAAAACAAAAAAAAAACAGAUACUAUGAAUACUACAGUGUAAUUUCAGUGAACUUCAUAAUCUAGAUUUUCACACUAGCACUCGGCUGUGGUUGAGAGGAUGAUGCAGCCCAGUCUCUUAAUACCUUUUUGUAGAAAGGAUUUCGUACGUGACUUUACUGGUUUGAGCGUUUACGCUUGACGUGCAAACACUAUGGUUUGGAAGCCAAUGGAAGUGGAAUGGAAAGUGAAACGAACACAUUACAAACAAGGGGGAGUUGGUGGGACGGGGCGGGGGGGGGUUUGUAUUUUACUUUUCCAAUGCCUUGCGGGUGGGUGUAGUGGGGGGGGGGGCGCGAGCCAAAUCCACAGCUUGUAGUGAACACUCGCACACACGCACAACACACACUCUUCCUCUGUUUGCAAAAGAUAGGGAGCCAGUAUAUGUAUUAGUACAGUACAUUCCUUUCCCUGCUGCUUACGGCCCCCCCCCACCUUAUUUAGUAGCGCCCCCCCCACACAGUGCCGUGGGCCACUCUGUCUGGGUCACGAGCAUACUGCACAAGUCAUUCAACCGUGGCAGAAUCCUGCAAGAAGCCGAGACACAAAACAGGCCCCGAGCAUCUUACUACAAUGCCACUGGACCCCCCCCCCCCCCCGCCCGCCCCUUCCUUUACCGACCCUCACUCACUGGGCAGGUGGCAGCAGCAGUGGCGGAGUCGCAAGAAUCCCGUGACCCACAAACUCCACGUCGCUAGUCCACCCCAGACUGAUCACGUCCUCUUGUCUCUUCACCCCUCCCACCCCCCCCGGUCCGCCCCCACUCCUAGCACCUAGACUCCACACGUCUCUCUCUCUCUCUGUCCACCCGGCACUCCCGCACGCCGUCCUCUUUGCAGGUUCACCGAGUCCUCGCUACUACUGCUACUCUAUGCUCCUAUGCAAAAAUGGCCAGAGAGGCAUUGAGAUUAUACAAAUGCCGCCGGUACGAUUGCACACAAAACCCUCCCUCGCGAGUCUUCUGUGAAAUUCUAGAUGCUUGGGAAAAAAAACGUUCUCAAAAAAAAAAAAACUUAACUUGGAGCGUGCAUAGUUUACAAGACCCUGGCGUUUGAGCAACAACGGGUUGGUGCCGCGCGCGUGGCAAAUCAAACUGCGGACUGUUUAGGCGGAAGCCACUAAGCCGGAUUUUUGUGGGUGGGUUGGAGUGGCGACGAGGUGGUGGCGGUUGGAUGCCGUGGCAGUUUGAACAGACGUCACGCCGUGCACGCGCGUGUGGUUCAUUUGACGGAAGACGCCCGAUAGCAGCUUCACAUUGCCUUGGACAUUGCAAAUUUGGUGUUCAGCUCGAGUCGUCCACUGCACUGCCACACGCCGAGAGGAGGCCUCUUCACGCACGGCAGCGAAAAUCCACGUGGCACUCCGGGAGGUGCCGGGUGGGUGGGUGGGGGGUUCAGCCGGUGUUCAGGUCACUGCGCUUGUUGUCAGCACCGUUUCUUUUUCUGCAAGCAAUUGUGCCCCGGGGCCACCGCGCGCUACCGAGCGGCGCUCGCUCGUGUGCCGUCGCGCCCCCCACCUUCCCCCCACCUUCCCCCCACCUCGCCCCCCCCCCCCCCCCCCCCCAGCAUUGGCGGAGGGUCUCUCCGUUGCGCGGGGGUGGGGUCCGUCCGUCUCAUUCGCAUCGUCACGUCCGUUCCCCCCUGUGCGGCUUAUCUCAGUCCUACCGCAACGGUUUGCACACAUCUCGAAUCAUCUUCUCCAAAGUGCUCGCAGUUUCCAACUUUAAAAAAAAAAAUCAUGAUGAAUUUUAAAACAACAAAAAACUUUUCUGACUUUCGUUUUGCUUGUGUUUCUGUGGCGCAGUAGGCUGCUCUGGUUGUGUGUAAACGUUGCAGUAUCUUGUUUGAGCUGAAGCCAAUCGAGCCCUACUUUCUCUCUACAAUAGCAAUCAUACGGGGGGGGCCCGCAUUUCGCAGAAUGUAAAGUUUAUCGCUGGUAUCUCAACAGGUUGGGCUUUGGGAGUUGAGAAUCGGGACACUUACGUGAGCACACUGGUGAUUUUCAAAGCCUGUGGUUAUGACCAUCAUCUUCUUGCAUCCAAAACAUAUCGAGUCCAAUACUUGAAUCAUUCAGGCCAAAUAAAAAGUAAAAAAAAAAAAGUUUUUGGGAGGGUUUUUUUGAUGUUGAUGAAAACCACAUUAAUAGCGCUGAGCCGGGUACAGCUUAGCAAGCAAGCAGCAGAAGAAGAAGAAAAAUCCCUUUAGAUUCCUUAGAGGACAAUUUUUUUUUUUAGUAGUCGUAAUUAGUAAGUGUGUGGUGUACUUGGUUAGUCGAUAUGUCGUGGUUCCCGGUGUUGUUGCGCUGUACAGACGCGGUGACUCGCCACCGUGCGCUCGCGUUGUCGAUGUCGGUUCUUGGCAAUGCACUGAGCGCAUCGCUGCCAAGCGAUGCGCGCUAAAGGAACCCUUCCCCCUCUCCCCCUGCAGGCGACGCUUCACGUUUAAAACGCAGUUUACUUGACGAGUGUUUUAAUCACAAUUGUUAUAACUUCCCCCGGUUUCGUUUUAGUUGACAUUUAACUCAUCCCCUCCCCUCCCCCCAAAUUUUAGUUAAUCUCCCAUCAAUCAUGAAGGCGUUAGACCGCGAGAGCUCCAACCUCCGAACCUAAUGCUACGUUGUUUUGUUUAAUUUCCGGAAGAGGAGGAAGGAAAAAUAACUUAAACAAAGCUUUGAAAGACAAGAAAACGUUUUACGUUACGGAAAAAAAAAAAAUGAAAAAAAAGUUGAAAAUCUAAAAAAAAAUGUAAACGCCGUCGUCGUCGUCAUCAUCGUCGAUCGUGGUGAAGCUUUUGCACCGUUCUCGUGGAGUGGCGGUGAAUGAGAAGUUGGUAAUCAAUGUGCACUUGAGAGAGAGCGAGAGAGUAGCAUUGCUACCCCCCCCCCCCCCUCUGGCCAGAGAAGAAUGAAGGCUUUUUUUUGAGAAUUAAAAAAAGCAAAGCAAAGCACUUGCAGAAGAGCCCUGGAUGUAAGUUGGGAGGAGCCUGAAAGAUUCCAGGCACCCUCUUGUUUACAGAACUUUCUUCCUGGAUCUUGAGCUUUCACUCGUUACAAAAAAAAAGACUUUUUAGUUUAAAAUGAAAAAUUCAACCCCCCCCCACCACCUGUACGGCCAAGUCGCCCCCCACAGUACACGGUUGCGGGAAGAAUAAAGAACGUACGACCUUGGAAGUGUGAAAACUGUUGUCGAAGCCAUUGGAUGGGAUCCCUGUCGUUUGGUUUUCCACCAAAAAAAAAGCCGAGCGAGCGAAGGAAAGAUGUUGUUGUCAUUAUUAUUUAAGAAGACGAAAAAAACAAUUCUGAAGCAAAGAGAAAUAAAACUCAGGUUCCCAUCAGAGGAGAGGCGCCUUUCUCUGAACCCUUUAUAACCUCCAGCCAUUAAAAAAAAAAUGGUAAUCCUCUGCUGCGUUGUAAUUUUGCAUUAACGGUAAUCGCCUGCCAAAACGUGAGGAGCCCAAGUCGUCCCCGUAGCGCGUGAAAGUUUGGUUGCAUUCUAUACGGGAGGUGGCAAGCCCUGAUUGGUCUCCAUAACCCUGUUGUCUCGCGACCACUGCAACCACAGUUGUCGCCGAGUCUUAAUAAUUUGAUUUUCUUUCAAGUUUGUUGGGGUGGUGGGGGGGGUUGCUUUCUUUGUUUGCUGCCAUAAACGUGCGCAAAGUGUUAGUCCCGUUUUGCACAUUUCGGUACAACAACAAAUGGGGAAAAUUUAAAACAAAUCUUUUUCCAAACACCGCUUUGGUGGUGGUCGUGCAAGCUCUCUUAGUUGCCUGCAGCAUUUGCGCCGCGCAUGUAAUAAAAGGGGACCGGGUUUUUGGCACCUCCUGCUUGGAAUUCAAUCUCGCUUGAACCGACCGGGCUAUGUGGUUGUGUGCCGACAAAAAGUGCAAAGUUUUUCAAUCAUGCUUUACGUGUUUGUUUAUUUGAUAGUAUUAGUGGACGAAAAUGAAGGUUUGUUACUUGUUACAAGUGCACUGCCGACACGUUUUUCUUGUUUGGAGGUUUUAUGUUAUAAUAAUUAUCAUCACCAAGUUGUGGAUUAUUCGAUGUGUCCCCCCCCUCCCUCCCAAGGGAAUUUCGCGUUGGUGUUGAGCGCGUGUGGUUAGGUUUCAUUGCCGAUUUCUUUGGCUGCUGUGUGCUUAUGGAAAAAAAAAUAAGGCUGAUGUAGCAAACUUAGCGGCUCUAGAGAGACUAUGCAUAAUUGAAGUUCAAAAAAACGAGACGAGAAAUAUUUACAAAUGUUUUUGCCCGUUACCCUUUGUUCCCGUUACUCGAUUUGAACUCGUGUGUGGUCAUACGAGCACGGGGGAGGGGUAACGUGUAAGUAUGGUGUAGUAGGAUUAUAAACAACAACAAAGUGAUAACUUAAUUUACACCCGGGUUUAGAGGACAGGCGUUUGUGAGCAAGAAAAAAAUGUUUUGACUUGAAACUCCAUGAGACGUCAAAGAUGAUGCUGCCUUGUCAAGAAACGAGACCUCGACUAAACGGCGCGGAGUUUGGUGCAUUUAAAACGUCGAUUAGGUACUUACAACAAACAACGUUUUUUUUGCUGAUUGAGAAUGUUACCAUAAUGUGAAGCAGUUACAGUACUUUAAAACAAGUUGACUCAUUUUAAGAAUAAAUGUCUUGCUUAGCACACGUUUAGUUUCUCUGUGGCUCCUUGUAUUAACGUGCCAAAUUUUUGCCAGUGUACGAUAAUGCUUACGGCCUGUGUUGCUGAAUAACGAGUGUUGAAAGCAGCAUAAAUGUGGGUACUGUG